GGACCCUCCCCAAACCCACCCUCUGAGCUACUCUGUGAUCACCUGGGGGAGCCCAGUGACCGUGUGAUGUCAGGGGACCCUGGAUGCCAAGGAGUAUCAUGUCAUGAAAGAAGGAAGCCCAGAGGCCUGGGUCAUGCAGAGCCCACUGGAGCCCGGGAACAAAGUCAUGUUUCCCCUCUCAUCCAUGACAGAGCACUACAUUGGGCAGUAUCACUGUUACUAUCACAGCCCUGCUGGAUGGUCAGAGCCCAGUGACCCCCUGGAGUUGGUGGUGACAGGUUUCUAUGGCAAACCCACCCUCUCAGCCCUGCCGAGCCCUGUUGUGACCUCAGGAGGGAAGGCGACCCUCCAAUGUGUCUCACAGCUGAGGUUCGAUGUGUUCAUUCUGGCUCAGGAAGGAGACACAAGCUCUCCUGGCAUCUUGAGUCACAUGAUCACCCCCAUGGGCCCUGUGACCCCGUUCCCUGUGGGCCCUGUGACCCCCAGCCACAGUGGGACCUUCAGAUGUUAUGGCUAUCAGAGGAAUGCCCCCCAGGUGUCGUCAGAAUCCAGCGACCCCCUGGAGCUCCUGGACUCAGGAGCAGCUGAGACCAUCAGCCCAACCCCAAGCAAGUCAGACCCCACGAGUGCCCGUGCACAACACAUCCUUGUGAAAUCUGUACAAUGGCCAGUCAUCUCAACUGUGCUGGAGAUGCUUCAGGGAAGAUGCUACGUUACGCUGCACAUCACACUCGGAUCAGCAGGGACGCAUUUGACAUCCACCUGUGCAGUUCAAGUUAAGCUGCAUUGUGUCCACAAACACAUAGGAGAAAUACAGGAAAAACUCUCAUCCUCAUCCUGUGGCUCAUUCUUCAAACUCUGGAGACAGCGAGUCAAGUUAGAGCUCUGAUUUCCAGGGGAAAACUGAUCUUCAUUUAAGUUUUUGUCUAACAUCCCUUCCCUCAGUGACUUAAAGAGUAUGGUCAUGACAGAAUUUUUUUUUUUUU